AUGGACGAGGCAGUGUUGAGUCGCCAACUGUAUACAAUAGGAAAGGAGACACAAAUGAAGAUGAUGAACACACGAGUUUUGAUUGUAGGUCUUCGUGGAAUUGGAAGUGAAAUUGCGAAAAACGUCAUUUUGAUGUCGGUGAAAGCUGUUGGGCUCUUGGAUAACACUGUAGGUGGUGUUAGAGAGGUUGGGCAGAACUUUUACUACAGUGAAGCAGACAUCGGGAAGAGUCUCAGCUCCGCCACAGCAAGUAAGUUUCAAGAACUCAACCCGACUGUUUCUGUGAACGCAGAGACUCGUGAGUUAACGAAUGAUUCGAUAUACGCUGACUACGAUAUUUUGGUGUUAACCAAUUUACUUGGUGAGAAAGAGUCCAUUGCAGUUAACGAUAAUUGCAGAAAACACAAUGUAAAAAUGGUGUAUGCGGUGAAUAGAGGGGUUUUCUCGAUGAUUUUCAAUGAUUUCGGAGAUGAUUUUGUUGUGAAUGAUACCAAUGGAGAGAAUCCAAGGAGUUUUAUUAUUAGUGAAAUUUCAGACAACACUAUACAUUUUGUUGAAGACGAUUUCUGUAACAUGGAAGUCGGAGACGAAGUCAGAUUUGAUGAAAUAGUUGGGAUGAAGGAGUUGAAUUAUUCUGAGAACGGCGGGAGGACGUUUAAAUUGACAAAGAGGAGCGGUUACUCUGUUGAAGUGGGUGACUUGUCCAAGUUCACGAAGUUUGUGAAAGGAGGAAAGAUGACAGAAAUUAAACCGAGGGUUACCUUACAUUUCAAAUCACUUAAAGAAAGACUCUACGAACCUGGUGAGAUUACAUUUUCGUGUUUGACCAAGAUUGAGAGAAUGUAUUUGAUCCAACAACUUUUCCAUGGACUAAUGAUUUUCAAAGACAAGUUUGGUACUUUUCCAAAGUCGCACGAUACAGACGACUGUAUGCAGUUCAUAGAAAUUUUAAAAGAACUUAAGGCCGAGUUAAAUGAACAAAGCGAGAAAAUUGCUCGUAUGUUCUGCUUAAUGAGCAACGGGACAAUCUCACCAGUGGACACCGCGCUUGGAGGAAUAGCAGCACAAGAGGUCUUGAAAGCUGCAAGUGGAAAGUAUACACCGUAUUGUCAGUACACUGUCUUUGACUGUUUAGAAGUUCUCCCAGACAAUUACUUAGAAUUGAAGAAAGAUGAAUUUGAAUGUGAAGAGUCUCGGUAUUCUUCCCAAAUUGAUGUAAUUGGUAAAACCCUACAAAAGCAAAUUGAAGAUGUCAAAAUGUUUUUGGUUGGAGCUGGGGCUAUUGGGUGCGAAGUGAUCAAGACGUGGGCGAUGAUGGGUGUUGGCAGAGGGAGUGGUGAAAUAUUCAUAACAGACAAUGACAACAUUGAGAAGUCGAAUUUGUCGAGACAAUUUCUAUUCAGAAACAAACACAUCAAUCAACCGAAGUCCAAAGUUGCGAAGGAAUCGAUUCAAGUGAUCAACCCCGAUAUCAGAGUCAAAGAUUUCCAACUGAGAGUCGGACCAGAAACUGAAAACGUCUUUGACGAGGAUUUCUACCAAAAUUUGAAUUGUGUGACGACUGCACUCGACAAUGUACAAGCUCGAAAUUACGUUGAUUCACAAUGCUUGUUAUACGGCCUUCCAAUGAUUGAAGGAGGUACUAUGGGGACCAAAGGAAACACAUUAACUGUUGUUCCAUUUGUAACACAGUCAUUUGCAACUGGAAGUGUUCACGAAGGUGCAGAGAAGAGUAUUCCGAUGUGUACGUUGCAUAAUUUUCCAAAUAACAUUGAUCAUACAAUUCAAUGGGCAAGGGAUAGGUUUGAAGGACUCUUUAAAAACGACAUUGACCAAAUUGAAAGUUACAACUCGGACCAGAAGAAGUUUUUUGAGAAUCUCGACAAGGAAACUCCGAACAACCAAUUAGCAAUUUUGGAAUCGAUCAUUGACAACGGAAGUACAACUGCCCCAAAAGACAUGAAAGAUUGUGUGAAGUGGGCAUUUGGUAAGUAUCAAAACUACUUUGUCGAUUCAAUUCAAAAGUUGAUAACAGACUUUCCUGAAACCGCAGUAACUGACGAAGGAAUUCCAUUCUGGCAUGCGCCAAAAAAAUUCCCCCAUGUUAUUCCAUUCAACAGAAAUGAGAAAACGUGUGUCGACUUUAUAGAAGCUGCUUCGCUACUGAGGGCAGAGUGUUUUAAUAUCAAAGAAACGAUGUCACGCGAUACAAUGUGCGAAUUAUGUGAAGAAUAUUUGAAGGAGAAACCAAUGAGUAUCGUGAAAGAUGAUGAAAAGAAUUUAAUGAGUGCAGUCAAACAAUUGAAAGAGACUAUUUCUCAACUGCACAUACAUUUGGUCCGCCCAAUUGUGUUUGAAAAGGAUGACGAUACAAACCACCACAUCGCGUUUGUGACGGCGUGCAGUAACUUGCGCGCAAUGAAUUACUGCAUUCAACCGGCCGACUUCAAUAAGACGAAAUUUAUCUCAGGUAAAAUUAUACCAGCCAUGAUCACAACAACGGCGGUGGUCUCUGGCCUUCAAUGUAUUGAAUUAUACAAAAUAUUGUUGAAGAAGCCGUUGGAGAGUUACCACAACUCUUUCUUGAAUUUGGCCAUUGGGUAUUUGGACGGGACUGAGCCUGAAAGGGUUGUGAAGAAGAAGUUAUGUGAAGGGAUGGAGGUGACUAUUUGGGACAAGUUUGAGUUUGACGGCAAUUGUACUGUGAAACAGUUAUGUGAAAAGAUCUCCUCGAAGUACCCAUUUGAUGUUGAAAGCAUCACCGGAGAGGAUGUAUUGUUAUACUGCGCUUUCAUUCCAAGUGCACACAAAAAGCUUGACAAAACAUUUAAACAGUUGUACCUCGACGCCAAGAAAGUCGAGUUCACCGGAAAGAAAAUGGUGUUGGCCCUUGCGGUGAGUGGACAGAAGGAGACUUUACCUGAUGAUUUUGAGUUUCCCGACGUCAUUUUAAGAUUUUAA